AUGCCCACUUUUUGGAUCACUAUUAACCCCUCCGACCUACGGAACGCCCUUGUCUUGAUCCUGGCCGGUAUAGAGUACUCCGGGGACAACCUCACCCCGGCUAAUGCCGCUAUACAUGAAGCUACUGUGACUUCUAACCCUGUAGCUGUUGCAGAGUUCUUCCAUCACGUCUGCAAAGCCGUCCUGGAAGGUCUUUUUGCUACCAAUACCAGCCAGAUAGGCAUCCUUGGUGAACUCUCGAAUCAUUUUACUGUUGUCGAGACAAACGGCCGAGGUAUGCUACAUGUCCACGGAUUAGCGUGGGCGAGAGGUAACUUGGCUUUCACUACAUUACGUGAUCAGCUCCUGCACGAUACCAACUUUGCAACUCGUAUGGUUCACUACUUAGAGUCAAUCAUUAUGCAAGGCAUUGAUGAGAGUAUUCUACAUGACCCUGAAGUGAACAUUCCCAGCACGCCACCGUCGGCCAGAGAUUCCGAAUCCGAUGACAACUUUCAUCUUCAACUAUCAUAUGACAGCAAUUGUGUCGCUCGUAAAACACAGGUCCAUUUGAAACACCAUCUCGCCACAUGCUUCAAAUACCGCCUAAGGGGGCCUAGAAAGAAGACUUAUCGCUUUGGCAUGCCUCACGAUCUGGUUCCUGUCUCUAAGGUCAAUGAGUGUGGACUGAUUCACCUCGCUCAAAACCAUGCCUGGAUAAACCCAUGGAACCCAGCUAUUGCUAGUUAUGUCCGUUCCAAUCACGAUAUCUCUUGGAUUCCAACAGUCUCAAAGACUUUGUCGCUGAUCUAUUAUAUCACCAACUACGCCACGAAGGAUGACGUCUCUCCUUAG